CAAUUUUCAGGGUCCUUAACUCAGCCGACAUGGCUGAUCCUACCUUUGCGGAGCACGUGGCCACAACGAACAGUCGACUUGCUUCACUCAGAGCUAACCUAAUCGAUGUGUCAACAUUUCCGGAAGCGUGUAGCGAACUUACCAAAUGGUGUCAAGAUCAACGAGCUUUUACUGCUCACUUUGAGGAUAACUUGAUGAUGGCUUUAGAAGCGGCAAUGGAUUAUGGGACCAGGGAAAAUUACGAUUAUAUGCUUACUCAUGGCCUAGUUGGAGCUUGUUUCACACACCGGAAGCAUCUAUCAAAGCCAGCAGCCACUCGAAUCGGCCGGUGGUACGAGCAAAUGCGUCGAUUAAAAAAGAACGGUGGAAAACGAAAACGUGCUCCACCAAAACCCAAAGAUCCAGCAUUACAAGCUUCAUCUCAACCGACCGGAACACUUCCUGUUCUAACGUCACCUUCUUGCCCUCAAAAUGGACAACAACUGCCAACUGAAAACAACAACUUCAUGUUCUCUCCGAAUUCUUCUGACGGAUCAAUGUGGCCACCACAAGGGGUCCCAAUGAGCACGCCGGGCUCUUCGGCCGGUCACAUGCCACUAGGUGCCGGCGCCGCCUCCUUCCCCGGACAAAUGAACGGACCUCCUCAACACCCUGGAAUGCAGUAUUCUGGACAAAUGCAACAGUUACCCUAUGGUCAAAUGGAGGGCAACCAUGCCAUGUAUGAUCAACGAAUAAUGGGACAACGAGCCGCUGGACGGCCUGGCAUGAUGCCCGAUUACCCGCAAAUGCCAAUGGGACAGACACCUGGAAAUACAAUGAUGCGAAUGCCGGUUCAAUACCCUUCAGGACCUUCACAAAUGGCCGGACAUCCACAUAUGCAACAAAUGCAGUAUGGUCAUAUGAUGCGAGCGCCUCCUGUCUCAGUGUACGGUCAAAUGAAUAAUGCUCAGCAGUACGCAGUGACGGCUCAUCCGAAUCCAGUACCCCAACCGUACUAUCAUCCAGAAGUUAGGCAACUGUACGAGACUACUGCUGGAUAUAUUGUGGAUCGAGAAUUAUUGGCAGAAGGUCAUGUUACACCUGGCAGCAAUGGUGUCGAGGCAAUGCUGACGCAUGAUGCUUCUGAUUUUCUAAAAGUCUCACCUCAAACUGAUGUUUUAUUCUCAAUUUGGCCAGUAACAAAGUCAAAUGACCCCAAUAUCCAAUACGAGGUUUAUAUUAACCAAAAAUCCGUGAUGAACAGCCAUAUGCAAGUUAAAUCGAUUUUUAUCAAGGACUUCUUGAUAAGUGGCAUGAAUUCGAUUCACAUAGUGUACAAUGGCCCCCAGCAGAUGUACAAGUAUGCUUGUGAGUUCGUAACACGGAAAAGUGUGAUAGAACUGAGGAAAAUAUUGAUCCAAAAAAGAGUGAUAGAAGGUCAGCAGCUUGCCACUCAACAAAAACAACAAUAUAUGCAAAUGGCAAACAAGCGACAAGCUGGAUUCUAUCCGGUUUCGUUGAACUGUGUCCUCUCCAAGAAACGAAUGUUCACACCUGCCAAACAUCACGAAUGCAAGAAAAUCUUCGACUUGGCACAACUUAUCAAUGCAAACAAGGGAAUGACUCGAUACUUCUGUCAAACUUGUAAUGCCUACUUCAAAUUCGAAGAUAUCACAGCCGACUACUUCUUGCUCAACUUUCUUCAGUCUAUCCCUGCAGGAGUUAAUGAUCUGAUUGUUGAGAAGACUGGAGUAGUUCGUUCUGGAGAUGUUGAGGAUGUGAAGCCAAAACGAGGGAAAAAGAAGACUGAUAAUGAUGCUAAUGGAAAUGGAAUCAAGAGGAUAAAAUCUGAAAUCAUUGUGAAACAAGAAACAUUCACUGAUAUGCAUGGACGUAAUGUUCCAUUUAGUCCGAUGCCAAUGCCGGGAAGUGUUCCUCCAGAUUGGACAAGACUUCAGAGUCCAUCCUUCUCAAUGCAGAGUCCGAACAAGGUACAGCUUGGUCCAGCGACACCCGCAACUCCAGGAAUGGUAUUCCAGAAUCCAGCAUCUGCCGGAUCAAUGCUCAACAUGUCGUCUCCACGACAAACAAUGAUUCCGGGAAUGCACCCAAUGAUGCCACCACAUGAUGUUACUAUGCGUUCGGGAUCUGCUCCAUACACACCCGAAUCGGUGAAGAAUGAUAAGAAUGAUGAACUUUUGAUGCACAUUGAGGGAUUGUAUGUAUGUGAUGUACCGAUUCUGGAGAAUGAGCAACUGACAGUACGGUAUAUGGAUGGAACAAAGGAUUUAUGUUUUGAAGAUUCAAUGGUUUAUGAAUUUGCGGAAUCUCCGAAGCAUCAACAACAAAUAGACGGACCACCGCAAACUCUAAUGGCACCAGGAAGCACAGCAUCCUCAAGUGGUUCAACAUUUACACCGCCAUUCGAUGAUAUACAUCUUGGAAACCGACCAUCUCACUAACUUUCUAUUCGAAAAUUCGAAAAAAAUCAUUGAUGCCUUAAAAACUCCCACCACCGCCGUGUCUUUUUAAUUUUCUUCACUCCCGGAUGAUUCAGGCCUUCUUCUUUCUCUUCUUAUUCCCGAGUUUUUGAUCCCUAUCCCAUCUCGUAUUGUUAAUCUCGUUUUUCACCUGUUCUCCCCCAAAAAGAUUCUUCCAGUUGUUCCUGGACACCCAUAUCUUUCCGCUUUUCGCUCUGACAUCUGUCACGCUAGUCAUUACAUUGUUGCCUUUUUUCUCUAGUAUUGCUUGUUACAAAAUGUGAUUUAGUGAUACAUUUUCAUUAUCCAUUGCAAUAGAAUUAUAUCCAAUCACUUCUUUACCAUAUAUUACUGUUGAUUUAUUCAUGACUUGAAUUUAUCAAUUCAUCAAGGCUGAGCCUUUUUUUCUUUGUUGACAUUUUAUGCAGUGACGAAAGGUUAUAAAAUCAAACUGUCACGAAAUCUGUGAAUAGUUUCUUUAUAAUUUCUUGUCAUCUCUACACCCCUACCUUACCAACUUGUGCUCCGAGUGAGAGCAAUUCCUAAAUUUAUUUAUAUACAUCCGAUAGCAUCAUCUCACCACGUUGUCCCAGUUUUCGCGUAGGGUAGUCUCAUCAAUUGACUUAAUAUUCUUCCCCAAAAAUGUCUGGCUGGGCCAGACUCUAUAUGUAUAUUAUGGAGCACUUUUCCCCCGUCAACUCACUUAUCUCCAUUACUUUUUAAAUUUCCACAAGAUGUCCUCUCAAAAUUCCUCGUUAAUUUUUCAUCCAAUUUUCAAACAUUUUCUCACUUUCAUUUCAUCCAUUGAUUCAUUUUUCAUUGAUCUGCAAAUUCCAAGUCCCCCUUGAUACAAAUUGAAUGUAUAUUCAUUGAUUUAUUUUUCACAUCUGUCCAGAAAGUGAGAAGAAAAAUGAUGUCUGUCUAAUAAACAGUACAAGUUAAAUA